UUGAGUCGACACAAGACGUUGGGAAAAAAAAAAAAAAAAAAAAAAAACCCAGCAAGAUCACCAUCAUGAGAUUCGUCCAGGCCUUUACAGCUACGGCGUUGAUGGUCUACCUGUUUUCAGCUAAAUGCGAAGGCAACAUCAAGCAACGAAAUCAAAUGAAAGCCAUGACCGGAGAGUAUUUGAGGAUCGUCGCUUAUCACGAGCCCCCCAUUUUCUCAAUCAUCCGAAAUGCAGCCAACGAGAGUCUCGUCCGCUACGUCGGUUUCCCGAAGGAAGUCUUCGAUCUUUUGUCCAAGUCCAUGAACUUCACGUACUCGUUCGUGGAAGUCACGCCGACUAUGGUGAAGCGAAUAGGAUCGAUCGAUGCUGCCAUGAUCGACCAACUCCUACAGAAGAACGCCGAUAUAAACGGACGGCUCAUCACGCCCACUGCUGAACGCCUGGCCUACAUGGAUUUCACGACGGCUGUUUCCGUUUUCACGUUCGCCAUGAUCCAGCCGAUGCCGCAGAUUCACAACCGUUUCCUGGCGCCCAUCAAACCGUUCCAGCCAACGGUGUGGUACCUGAUAUUCGUCGCGUUAGCCGCUACGGCGCUCACGUUGAGCCUCGUUAAAAUUUGUGCUGGACGGGCCGUUGAAGGAAGAGGACAGACGAACGUGCAGGUGUUGGCAGACAACGCGUGGUACGCGCUCGUUGUCAUCACAUCGCAAGGGGGUUACAUGCAGUGCAGUCGUUUAUCGAUGCGUUUCGCGGCCGGCUCUUGGUGUCUCAUCGCUUUCGUCCUGGUCUACGCCUACAACAGCACGCUGGUCUCGUACAUUUCGCUGUCCAAAUACGAAUCGGUGGUCAACACUUGGCAAGAGCUCGCAGCCAGUAGCAGUUUGCGAGUGACCGUGCCUAGAGGAAGCAUUUCUGCCGAUAUUAUUUUGAAUUCGAAGACGGGAGCGUUGAAAACGCUGGGAGAUUCUCUGAGACGCAACCCCGACGAUCUUUUGUUGACCUUACCUGGCGAACUGGAAAGGGUUUUGCAUUCAGGAUGCUGCGCUCACGUCGAAGUAAAGAGACUGGGAGAAGUGCUCGUGUACAAGAGCAUGAUGGAACACCAGGGAGAAUGUCGUCUAACUAUCGGCAAAGAACUCGAUUACUCGCAAGUGUGGAGCUUUGGCGUAGCCAAACACUUGCCCCAUCUUUCGACCAUCAACAAGGGGCUUCAACGGAUGCGCGAAACGGGCCUCUAUUCGCAAAUCACCAGGGGCUACUACAAAUCGAUCGGCAAGUGUUUGGCGAGGCAAGUUUAUCGUCCAAAGACGAGCCAAUUGACUCUUUACGACAUGGCCGGAUCGUUCAUCGUCCUCGGCCUGGGCUGCAGCCUCUCUUUGAUCACGUUCCUCGUUGAAUUGUCGGUUGCGUCGCGUCUCCAAAAGACUCUUCUCGCACCUUCAGUUAUUUAGAUUUGAUUUUUUGACUCUUUCAAAAAGUCAUUCGUGUUUUUAGCUGAGCUUUAGUUUUCGUGUUUGUUCAAAACUAUGGACAACUGUCGUGAUCCCAACUGCGACGUUGAUUUCAACUGCGCUUGGCCCGAAUUGCAUUCAGCGUUAACUAUUAGAUUUUCCUUCUGUUUG